AUGUUUCAACUAAGAGGAAUAAGAACCGUUGGACUUUUAGGGAAGAGAGGUCGUUUCUUUAGCACCUCUAGAAGGCUUCUAGAUUCCGAUGGUGUUGUUAAAAAGCCUGCCCCAUUCAAUCCACGUCAUAUGGGGGUUGCAAACCAGGUAUAUAUCGCACCUUCCAAGAAAAAUAUGCCUAAUCCAAUAACGUCCCCAGUGGCUUAUUUCAAUGUCUUGGUCAGGAAGAUCUAUACGUUAGGUAUGAACACCAUUCAAGUAGCCUUAUUCCGUUAUCAAUCAGGUCUCAAGCCAAAUUUUUUACUGUGGAAGAACAAAGCUAUCGAAACAUAUGUUCAAGUUAAUGAAGCUUUUGCUAAAAGAGAACUGGAUACCAUCAAACCUCAAGUGUCCAUAUGGGUUGACGAGGCUUUGACAGCGAGAGCCAAACAAAUCCCAUCGAACAUUACCUUGGACUGGGAAUUGAUUAAAUUCAAUGAAGUUCCAAAGUUAGUUUCCACACAAGCCAUGAUGAUUCCCGGUCGUCCAGUUGAAUUAAUUCAAUUGAUUUAUAAGUUUGAUACCAAACAAAGGUUAAUUAAGUUCGACAAGAAGAAAAGUAAAACUGAUAAACUGGACAGAGAUGUUAUUGACUAUAUCGCUUUCCUUUGCGAUGCAAGCACAAAUGAUAUUCUAUUAACUGGUUCUGUUUUUGAGAGUGCACCAGACGCGAAAUUGCCAAAAGAUAGCGAAACUUCGAACCAAAUUGUAAUCGAAAGAAUGAAAGUUAACGGAGACUUGUUCAGAGUUCAACCACCUGUUAAAAAAGACUGA